AUGGAAGGGAUCAUGGCAUACACAUCCCAAGGCAUUCGAGAGUUUGCAUAUGUGGACAUGUCCCAGUUUCCUCAUGACUCCAACCUCUGCGUGGAGACAAUCCUCAGAUCACUCAUGCAUCUGAAGCAAGAACUUGGAAGAAAGCUUUUCGUGCAAAUGGAUAACUGCGCGAGAGAAAAUAAAAAUAAGUACACGUGUGCUCUCGCACAUCUUCUCAUACACACUGACAUAUUUGAAGAGAAAUUUGUUUAG